CGUACCGCAGCCACAUCCCUCCCUGCCUCUACCAAAAUAGACAGUUGAGGGCAGAGCAGCUGAUAAAGCAUCCAGAAAUGGCUGCCACCGGAGUUCUUCCCUUCAUCAGAGGGGUAGAUCUCAGUGGAAACGACUUCAAAGGCGGGUACUUCCCCGAGCAUGUCAAGUGUAUGAGCAGUCUGCGAUGGCUGAAGCUGAACAGGACCGGACUGUGUUACCUCCCAGAGGAGCUGGCCUCUCUGCAGAAGCUGGAACAUCUUUCAGUGAGUCACAACAGCCUGACCACUCUACAUGGAGAACUGUCAAGUUUACCGAACCUACGAGCGGUGGUAGCCAGAGCCAACAACCUGAAAAACUCUGGAGUCCCCGAUGACAUCUUUCAGCUAGAUGACCUCUCUGUGCUGGACUUGAGUUUCAACCAGCUGACAGAGAUCCCGCGGGAACUGGAGAACAGCAGGAACAUGCUGGUGCUGAAUCUGAGCCACAACAGCAUCGACGCCAUCCCCAACCAGCUGUUCAUCAACCUGACUGACCUGCUGUAUCUGGACCUGAGCGACAACAAGCUGGACAGCCUGCCGCCGCAGAUGAGACGCCUGGUCCACCUGCAGACGCUCACCCUGAACAACAACCCGCUGAUGCACGCUCAGCUGCGUCAGCUGCCAGCCAUGGUGGCAUUACAGACUCUCCACCUGAGGAACACCCAGAGGACCCAGAGCAACAUGCCCACCAGCCUGGAGGGUCUGACACAGUUAGCAGAUGUUGACCUGUCCUGUAACGACCUGUCCCGGGUGCCGGAGUGUCUCUACUCUCUGGGCAGUUUGAAGAGACUGAACCUGAGCAGCAAUCAGAUCACAGAGCUGUCCCUCUGCAUCGACCAGUGGACGCAGCUGGAGACGCUCAACCUGAGCCGCAACCAGCUCACCUCCCUGCCCUCUGCAAUCUGUAAGCUGUCCAAACUGAAGAAGCUGUAUGUAAACUCCAACAAACUGGACUUUGACGGGGUGCCUCCGGGCGUGGGCAAACUGUCCAGCCUCACAGAGUUCAUGGCCGCCAACAACAACCUGGAACUCAUCCCAGAGGGGCUCUGCAGGUGUGGCAAGCUGAAGAAGCUGGUGCUGAAUAAAAACCGGCUGGUAACGCUGCCGGAGGCCAUCCACUUCCUCACUGAUUUAGAGGUUCUGGAUGUGCGUGAGAACCCUAACCUGGUGAUGCCUCCGAAGCCGGUGGACCGCGGAGCCGAGUGGUACAACAUCGACUUCUCUCUGCCGAACCAGCUGCGCCUGGCCGGGGCCUCGCCGGCUACUGUGGCCGCCGCCGGAGGAGGAGCCAGCCCCCGAGAUCCCCUGGCGAGGAAGAUGAGGCUUAGGAGGAGGAAGGACUGCUCUCAGGACGAUCAGGCCAAGCAGGUGCUGAAGGGCAUGAGUGACGUCGCACAGGAGAGGAACAACCUGGAGUCAAAGGAGAACGGGGAUCCCAAAUACGCUGACCUGAAGAUCCGGCGCUGGGACCAAAGUCUGGAGAAACCGGCGCUGGACUACUCCGAGUUCUUUAUGGAGGACGUGGGCCAGGUCCCAGGGGUAACGGUGUGGCAGAUAGAGAACUUUAUUCCUCUGCAGGUGGACGAGGCUUUCCACAGCAAGUUCUACGAGGCUGACAGCUACAUCAUCCUCAAGACCUACCUGGAUGAGAACGGCCAGCUGAACUGGCAGAUCUUCUACUGGAUCGGUCAGGACGCCACGCUGGACAAGAAGGCCGGCGCCGCCAUCCACUCCGUCAACCUCAGGAACUUCCUGGGAGCCGAGUGCCGGACAAUACGGGAGGAGAUGGGGGACGAGAGCGACGAGUUCAGCGCCGUGUUUAACAACGAGAUCUCCUACAUCGAGGGAGGAACAGCCAGCGGCUUCUACACCGUGGAGGACACCACCUAUCCCGUCAGGCUUUACAGAGUUUACGGCAAGAAGAACAUCCGCCUGGAGUCUGUCCCGGUGAAGGCGUCCUCACUCGACCCACGGUUUGUCUUCCUGUUGGACAGUGGGCCGGACAUCUUUAUUUGGAGAGGAGCCAACGCCACUCUGAGCGGCACCACAAAGGCCAGGUUGUUUGCAGAGAAGAUCAAUAAGAACGAGCGUAAGGGGAAGGCCGAGAUCACGACCAUCUCUCAGAACCAGGAGCCCCCGGGCUUCUGGGAGGUUCUGGGAGGACAACCGGAGGAGAUCAAGAAACACGUCCCUGAUGACUUCUCUCCCGUCAGACCCAAACUCUACAAGGUGGGCUUGGGUCUGGGCUACCUGGAGCUGCCUCAGAUUAACUACAAGCUGUCAGUGGAGCACAAAGACCACAAGAUCAAACUGGACACUCUGCCGGAGCUCAGACUGGUGCAGUCUCUGCUCGACACUAAGGGCGUGUACAUCCUGGACUGCUGGUCCGACGUCUUCAUCUGGAUCGGGAGGAAGUCUCCGCGUCUGGUCCGAGCCGCCGCCCUGAAACUGGGUCAGGAGAUCUGCUCCAUGCUGCACCGGCCCAAACACGCCUCUGUCACACGCAACCUGGAGGGCACCGAGUGCCAGGUGUAUAAAUCCAAGUUUAAGAACUGGGACGACGUGCUGAAGGUGGAUUACACCAGAGCAGCUGAGACCGUGCAGCAGAAGGACAACCUGCAGGGCAAGGUGAAGAAGGACGCAGAGCAGAAGGAUAAGAUGAAGGCCGACCUCACCGCGCUCUUCCUCCCCCGGCAGCCCGCCAUGCCCCUCACUGAGGCCGAGCAGCUGAUGGAGGAGUGGAACGAGGACCUGGAUGGGAUGGAAGGGUUUGUGUUGGAGGGGAAGAAGUUCGCCCGCCUGCCUGAGGAAGAGUUCGGUCACUUCCACACGCAGGACUGCUACGUCUUCCUCUGCAGGUACUGGGUGCCUGUGGAGUACGAGGAUGAGGAGAAGGGGAAGAAGGAGGGCGAAGGCGCUGGAGGACAGAGCGCGGCAGCAGCAGCAGCGGAGGAAGAGGACAAACAGCCCGAGGAAGACUUCCAGUGUGUGGUGUACUUCUGGCAGGGCCGGCAGGCCUCUAACAUGGGCUGGCUCACCUUCACCUUCUCCCUGCAGAAGAAGUUCGAGAGUCUGUUCCCCGGGAAACUCAAGGUGGUGCGUAUGACUCAGCAGCAGGAGAACCUCAAGUUCCUGUCACAUUUCAAGAGGAAGUUCAUCAUCCACAAAGGGAAGAGGAAACAGAAGACGGAUGCCGCUCAGCCCUCACUCUACCACAUACGCACCAAUGGCAGCGCACUUUGCACCAGGACGAUCCAGAUCGGAACAGACUCCAGCAAUCUCAACUCAGAGUUUUGCUUUAUUCUCAAGGUACCGUUUGAGAGCACAGACAAUCAGGGCAUCGUGUACACCUGGGUGGGCCGAGCCGCGGACCCCGACGAGGCCAAACUGGCCGAGGACGUCAUGAACAGCAUGUUCGACGACACGUACAGCAAACAGGUAAUCAACGAGGGGGAGGAGCCAGAGAACUUCUUCUGGGUGGGGAUUGGCUCUCAGAAAGAGUACGAUGAAGACGCAGAUUAUAUGAAGCACGCUCGGCUCUUCAGGUGUUCCAACGAGAAGGGAUAUUUCGCAGUGUCGGAGAAGUGCUCGGACUUCUGUCAGGACGACCUGGCUGAUGAUGACAUCAUGUUGCUGGACAACGGGAAGGAGGUGUACAUGUGGGUCGGCACUCAGACCAGCCAGGUGGAGAUCAAGCUGAGUCUCAAAGCCUGCCAGGUUUACAUCCAGCACAUGCGCUCCAAGGAGUCCGAGCCGCCCAGGAAGCUGCGUCUGGUGCGGAAAGGAAACGAGCCGCACUGCUUCAGCCGCUGCUUCCACGCCUGGGGGGCGUUCAAAACCACGCUCGCAUAGACAAACCCAGAACGCUCGCCCACACACACACACGCGCGCAUCAAACGUAUCCGCUGACAUGUCAUUUUCUUCCAGUAAGAUGAUGAGGAUGUCUUUGCCUAAGCCAGCUUUACAUGAGCUCUGAUUGCCUCCCCCCCUCCCCCCCCUCCUCCCUCCUGCCAAAAACAGAUUUAAAGUUCAGCUUAACUUCAAAAAGUUAUUUUGGUCAAGAAGCUGUUCCUCUUCUUCGGGACAAACUGCAAAAUAUCCCUUUUUUUUCGACAAGCUUUUCGGCAGCAUCUGAAUCCUGUUGUUAAAUGAGAGGGAAUGUUUGGGAUGAAUUCUGUGUACAGAGGCUUUAUAGAAACCCAAAGGGAGCUGAACACCCUGAUAUAUCGACCCGUUCUGCUGCGAGUGGUGCGGCGAUGAGGCUCUUCUGUAAGCCGACCUGGAAGUUAGCAUUGCAAGGGACGUCAGAGCAAAAAGCUAAUGGGAUUCAUUUGGAUUGUAGUAAACAUGCUCUGUGGAAAACACAAGCUCAUGAUAUUUCCACGUUUAGUUGAGCAGGAUAUUCCCACACAUUAAGACCAUCUUUAAAGCGUAAAUGCAACAGCCAGAAGUAAGAAGCUAUUACUCGGACAUAGACGAACUACAUCGCGGUCGCAUGGCUUCACGUCAACACCGCUAAGAUAAAGCAGUUUAAUGUUUGUCAUGAUGGCGUUUGGUCGUCUCAUUAGGCUCUUGUUAUCAACUGCCAUUAUUGCUUCAGACAGUUGGCAGUGGGGUAUUUUGUGACAGAAUAUUUGUCCUAGAACAACACUUGAAAAUGUCUUAACCUUGUUUCAGGCAUCUAACCAAAAACACAUAAAAAAACAAACAUGGAUUUUGUCUUGAGCAAACAAGAAAUGGUAAACUGCUAACUCAUUACCUGGUUUUGGGACUCAUUCCUGCACCACUCAUUCAAGGGACAAAACAGAAAACAGCACUAUAAUAGUUUUUCUGAGGAAUGUCUGUUUUUACCUAUAUUUUUGUCUGUUUUCUGGAAUAUACUUAUGGUAUGUUUGUCUGUUUGCCCCACCUUCAUUGAAAUAGGGACGGCUGAUUGGUCACCUCUCAGAUUCUUCCAACAGUCAUUUAUUAAAAAGUUGAAUUUAUCUGGCCAAAGAAAUCUUAAAGGGUUGUGUCCAAGUUAAGGUGUGAGACAGAGUCUUGUUUUAUGUUUAAUUUUAGGGACAAAUGUUUUAAAUGUGCAAUCGGCAGAGCCCGGGAGAUAUUGAAACUAAGUAAUACUGUAUUCUGCUACGACACCGGCUGCGUUCAAUCUGUCAAACAUGUUGAUUUUCUUGCUAUUCUGGAGCGAAGAGAACAAGAAAAAGCUAGUUUCUUUCCAAAUUGAGUCUAAUAAUGUUUGAAAAAGUCUAAUUCUACAGGUUUAGAAGUUGAAGCAGACAUGAAUGUUUUAAACGUUGCUGCAGAUUUUAAUGGGAGAUGUUUUGCAGCAUGUGAGAGAUAUAUCUUAGUUAUUAAAGUGACUUCUGGUUCCACUGAUCUCCAAUCAGUAGUUUAUGUCGAUCAGUUUAACCGGUUCUGGAUCGGAGCCUCCAGGGUCAACGUUUAAAGAAACUCCACAACUGCUGCAGUGAUCAUGUGACCUGUGUAGAGUUCAGGCAUUGAUCCAAACCACACAUAUCUACGUACCGUAUUCUCUACAUGCCUGCUACUACCAUCAUUUUGUUCCUUUGUACUUUUUAUUUUGUGGGGUGAACUGUAUGCCUGGUAGCGUGUUUGAGUCCUCUACAUAUAUGGAUGUGUAUAUGAACAUGUGCACAUGCUUCUGAUGCCACUUGCAGAUGCUUUAUUUAUGUAUUUUAUAUUAAAAUAAAAUUUCACAUCACA